UUUGUGUAAUUAUUUACGUGCUUGAAGAACUCCGUUUUUGGAAAGUAACUGAAAACCCGCUUUUAUUGUCGUUGUAUAGACUAGCCAUAAAGUUUCCAAUUUAGAUCCUCGCUGUCUGUGUCAUUACUAUAAUUCUAUGUUUGCAGCGGGUUGUCAUCUUGUAAGUGGUUACAGAAGAAUAUUCUGCGGUAAAACCCAUUCUCCUAUGUUUUGAAGCGCAACAUUUCGGAAGUAACGUAAUCAUUUAUACGUGGACACUCUCCGUCUUUUUAAAGCCCAAACCUAUGUUCCACGUUCAAGUUCUCAUUUUUUUCUCAGUGGCUUUUUCUUUGACUGUAUGUUGAAAAUGAAACAGACGCUGGCGUUUGGGGUAGCACUACUCUUGCUGGCUUGGGCAGGAGAUGCUGCAGAGGACGGUCCGGCCGAUGCACGCGCAAAACUCAGACGGCCAGCCCUGCGUCGCGCCAGAGUAAACAAAGCGCAGUCGCAUUCUGACACCCCGAUUCUAAAGGAAAGCGCUGGCGUCGAUUCGCUCCCUGUGCCCGCCUCUUCCACCUCAGGGAACCCUGGACGAGGCAGGGAAAUGCAGCAGGAUCAGAGCGAAGGGUCUGUCAGGACUGGGCAGGCAAGACGCGUGCUGGCAGGCAGGAGGCGAGCUCAGCCAAGCAGCCCGAACCAGCCUGGUAUGAUCCAGGAUGAUGGAGGCGCGCAGCCCAGGCAAGCCCGUUUGCCAGGUAGCGCCGCCUCUCCUAACCUGCUGGCGAGCUUUGCGGGGAAAAACCGUGUGCUGGUCAUCACCGCCCCGCACGACUCAGAAGGCUACUACCGGCUGAUGAUGACCCUGCUGAAGCCGGACGUGUACUGCGAGCUGGCGGAGCGGCACGUGCAGCAGAUUGUCAUGUUCCACCAGGAGGGGGAGUUGGGCGGAAAGGUGCGGCGCAUCACGGAUGAGGGGAAGAUCAUCGAGGAGCCCCUGGACACGGCGGUCAUCCCCAGGCUGAUGAACUUCCUCAAGAUGGAGAAAGGGAAGUUUGGGAUGGUGCUGCUGCGGAAGACGCUGCAGGUGGAGGAGCGAUACCCCUACCCUGUCCGGCUGGAGGCCGUGUACGAGGCCAUCGAUCAGACGCCCAUGCGCAAGCUGGAGAAGACCAGGCAAAAGGGCUUUGUGCAGAAGUGCAAGGGGGCUGGGGUGGAGGGGCAGGUGGUGGAAGGAGCUGGGGCGGGCACCAGGGCAGAGAGGAGGCCAGAAAGGAAAGUGAUACGCAAACCCAUUCGAAGACCUAUCCAGACAACUCCUACCUCUACAACCACCACAACAACUAGAGCCACCACAACGACAAGGCCCACGACCACCACAACGACAAGACCCACAACUACCACAACAACAACUACAACCACCACAACUACAAGGCCUACGACCACCACCACCACCACAUGGCCACCCACGACCACGCGGCCAACAACUACCACACGCAGCACAACCACCACUGCUCCUCCAACCACACCCUACUGGGUGCCCGCCCCCAAAACCACAACCAGAGGGCUGCCUUACCACUACCCUCAUACUAGGGACCAUCGUAAAGGCAGACACCGACUCAAAACAACCCCCCACCCUACUCCUGCCUCUGACCACCACACCAAAGACUACACUGGGAGAUAUGAAGAAAACCAAACAGACAAAGAUGCUGAGGAAGACAAGCCAGCUGGCAGCACCCUAGCCCAACCCAAACCCACCAGAGAGAAGCCACCCAAGAAGAGUGGCGGGAAAGUUCUGAGCAACGAGUAUGAGGAGAGGUACGAAGAGCCGCGCCCCACGGAGGAGACCCUGGAGGACUUCGAGGUGGAGGUCAACCCAACACGGAGGGGUAAGGGCAAGCACGACAAGACCGAGAAGAAGAAGAAGAAGUCCGAAAAGCUGGACAAGCCAGCCAAGAGGGAGAAAGCAGAGAAGAAGGUGAAAGAAGGGAAGGGAGACAGUCGUAGCAAAAAGCCUGCCAAGAAGAACCCAGAAAAAGAGGACUUCCAGGACCCCACAGAGAGCCUGCCAACCUCCAAGGGGUCUUUGGCCUCCUUUUUAGACUACUUUGAAAGUAGAAGAAGACUUCUUCUGAUCACUGCCCCUCAGGAGGAAAAUGGAAUGUACACCCAACAGAGGGACGAGUACCUCGAGCAGGUCUGCGAGAUGGCCAUCAGGAAAGUGUCCAUCAUCACCAUCUUUGGCAGCAUGACCAACAGCACCAUGAAAAUCGACCACUACCAGCUGGAGCAAGACAAGCCAAUGCAAGGGCUGAGGCAGGAGGACCUGGUGAACCAGGACCUCAUGAUUGAGCUGAGGAAGGAGCUCGGGAUGACGUACGACGAGUUCUUCAUGGUGCUGACCGACUUCGACAUGAAAGUGAAGCAAUACUAUGAAGUGCCCAUUGCCAUGAAGGCUGUGUUCGACUACAUCGACACAUUCCCAUCGCGCAUCCGGGAGAUGGAGCAGCAGAAGAGGGAUGGUGUGUCGUGCAAGAAAGAAGACAAGCCCAGAUCCCUGGAGAACUUCCUCUCGAGGUUCCGCUGGAGGCGUAGGCUGUUUGUAAUCUCCACCCCCAGUGAUGAAGAAUACGCCUACCAGCAGCAGCUCUAUGCCCUGAACAGCCAGGCCUGCAAUCUGGGCCUGCGCCACGUGUCGAUUCUGAAGCUGGUCGGGGUGGAAGCGGUGGACAUGGGCGGCGUGCUGGAGCUGUACCCAAUCAACGGAAGCUCAACAGUGGAGCGGGAAGGCCUGUCCGCCUCCCUGGUGCGGGACAUCCGGAACUACUUCCAGAUCAGCCCCGAGUACUUCUCCAUGCUGCUGGUGGGCAAGGAUGGCAACGUCAAGUCCUGGUACCCGUCGCCCAUGUGGUCCAUGGCCAUCAUCUACGACCUGGUGGACUCCAUGCAGCUGCGUAGGCAGGAGAUGGCCAUCCAGCAGUCGCUGGGCAUGCGCUGUCCCGAGGACGAGUACGGCGGCUAUGGUUACCAUCACCAUGGCUACCAGGAAGGCUAUCACCAAGGAUAUGGUUACUGAGGGGCUUGGGGCAGUGUAACCUUUUGACCCCUGUGUUUUGUUCGUGUUGUAGUUGAGAUGUGGACCAACCUGAAGUGCCAGAGCCCCUUCCCCCUCAGAGCCACUCUCUCUUC